CAUGCUGCCGAGCAGCUGAGGCUCACUGUGGCAGCCGGAGCAUCCCUCCCGGUACCCAGCACCCGGUGCGCUGGGAACAUCCCCCGGUACCCGGUGUUAUGGCAGCAUCCCCCGGUACCCGGUGCGCUGGGAGCAUCCCCCGGUACCCGGUGCCCGUUGCCCUAACGACGGCUGCUGCCUCCCCAGCCCUGCCGCCGCGGGGCUGCCAUUGGCGGCGGAGCGGUCCCUCCCCCGGGGAGGGGAGGUUUUCGGGGGGGUCCCCGGGCCUGCGCUGGGGGCAGCCCCCCGGAGCCCCGGGGGGGAAGCGGCCGCCCGUUAUCCCCGCCUCCCGCCGCCGCUCGCCGCCGCCCCGCUCUCCCGGAGCGGCGACGCUUGGACGCUUGGCACCGGCACCGGCAGCGGCGGCGGAUGCCGGGGGGAGCGGCUGCAUCCCACUGCCUGGGCCCGAGGAAGGAGCAGCCAUGCCCCACUUCCUGGACUGGUUUGUGCCUGUGUACCUGAUGAUCUCCAUCCUCAUCCUGGUGGGCUUUGGGGCCUGCAUUUACUACUUCGAGCCCGGACUCCAAGAAGCCCACAAGUGGCGGACGCAGAGGCCGAUCAUGGAGCGAGACCUUCGGAAGACGCUGAUGAUUCGGGACAACCUGGCCUUCGGGGUGCCCGAGGUCUGAUGCCCCCAUGAGGGGCUCGCUCUCGGCACCGCCAGGAGAGCCCCUCCGGGUGCCAGAAGGCUGGAGGUGGUGGGGUGACAGCCUGUCCCCUGUCCCCUAGGCUUGUGUAGGCCGCAGGCUCGGGGCUUUCCACGUGCUCGUAGCCCGUCCUCCAGCCAAGGACUUCUGCUCCCCGCCAUGGACAGUGUCUCCUCGGGGAGGCUGACGCAUGACUCACAUGAAGGGUCCCAUGAUCAUCACCUGAGCUGGGGCUGCUGGCUUCUUGACACAACCUCAGGUGGUCUCUGCAGGGCUACGGGAGCCUUUCUCUCCUGGUCGCUGGUUAAAUCUAGACCAGCCUGCUGAAGUCCAAGGGGUAUUUUGGGGGGAAGUUAAUUUGGCAGCUUUCAGGCCAGUCCGUUGCUUCAGCUGAGCUCAUCACAGCGAUCUCCGUGCUGGUGGCACACCGCUUUUCUGUGUGGGUGUUGGAGACGGAGACUUCAGAGCUUAGCGCUCGCAGGCUGACGUUUCCAGGUGCUCUACAUUCGCACUGAACCUUUGCUGAAGAGGUUCCUGCAAGCCCCGCAUCACACGGGGCUGUUCUGCAGUUCUCCACGAAGGGGCAAGGCCAGAUUUGUCAUGUGAACUUCUGAUCUGCCCGGCAGGACACAUUUCUGCGAGCUGGCUUCUUCAGUCCCCUGCACCCAGAGCCCUGAGGUGCGGAUGGGCACCAGGCCUGCUGCCACUGUCCCCUAGCUGUCACCCCAACGCCAGCUGUGAACUGUUCUCCACCUGCUCGUGGCUGACAAGGGACACUGCAGCGUUCAACGACGUGGGCCAGCGGUGCUGCCCCUUGUCCUGGACCCAACCCCUACGAUGUGGGUCUUGCACAAAACCCCACAUUUGUGUUGUUUGCACUUUCCGUGCUUCCCCGGGACUGAACUUCCACCAAAACCCUGCACAGAGGUGUGAUGCUGGGUCUUUGUGGGGCAUUCACUUCACUCCUGCAUGUCAUGCUCCUGCCUUCCCCUCAUGCCUUCCUUCUUCUGUAGUCCCAAGGGAUGAGGAGAAGGCACUGGGCUGAUCAGAGUGAUGUGCUGUUUGGUAAUACUCCGGGGAUGAGAGGUAAUGUUUAGCUCUAAGGGUUUUGGCUCAGGAAAGCAUGAGUCAGGACAUCCUGUAAAUACCCAGGGUCUUUCUGGGCCAUCUCAUCCCCGCAGAAUGUAGUAGCACCACCGUUAUUUUCCGCACCAAACCCAGGCACACUGGUGGGAGUUUUCUGUCUCUGUUUCAAGCCAGAGAAGUCAAGAGUCCUUCUGUUCAGACGAAACCCAGGGACCUUGAUGUGAGUACCCUAACUUGGGAGUCUCACUCAGCAGGAAAGUGGAGCGAGUGGGAUUUCUCCUGCACCAAAAUUUGCACUUGCCCUGUUGAGCAAAGGCUCAAAGUGCAGGUGCAGCCUCAGACAGGUGAAUCCCACAUAUUUUUGUGCCUUGGUGACUCGGGGCUGUGAAAGGUACUGCACUGCUUGGUUCCAGGUGCCACCCUCGGCUGCAUAGCUCACACCCCUGCCCUCCCAUACAACACAGCCACAGCCUCCAGCACCUUGCCCUGACCGUGCCAGAGCUCGCAGUGAGGGCUGCAACGCAACCGGACCCCAGCCGGAGAAAUGGGGUAGCAAUAAAAACUUCUGCACUAGGGAAAGGGGCUCGGAGAGGUUGGGGAUGGAGUAACCCAUCCCUCUGCAACCCCCAAACCCACUUUCA